CGCCCACUGGCGCAGGGCGGGCAGGCUGUGCUGCGAGGCUCCAGGUAAACCUCGGAGAACAGGAGAACAACCGAGCAACGCGCAUGUCCGCUUCAGCCGCGUCCCGUGCUGCCGCCAUCCGGGUACUGACGGAGGGAGGGAGGGAGGAAGCGGCUGAGGGGGUUUCAUUGUGCGUGCAGCUGCCGCGCUCACUCGCCCUAAAAUGGCCGCCACUGCCGCCGUCUCGUCUCCCGCUGCUGCCCAGUCUGCGGGGCCAGCCCAGAUGGAGAGCAAGAAGAUCACCGAUUUGCGGGUCAUCGAUCUCAAGUCGGAGCUGAAGCGCCGCAACCUGGACAUCACCGGGGUGAAGACCGUGCUCAUCUCCCGGCUCAAGCAGGCUAUUGAAGAAGAAGGAGGAGAUCCAGAUAAUAUUGAAAUAACUGUUUCAGCUGAUACACCUAUCAAGAAGCCAACAAAAGGCAAAGGUAAAAAACAGGAAACUGAUGAACUAAGUGGUGAUGCUUCAGUGGAAGAUGAUUCCUUUGUCAAGGAAAGUGAGUUGGAAGUUCAAGAUGCAAGCGAUCAAGAUGGAAAUGAUGAACUGAAGGACUUUGAAGAAGCUGGUGAAAAUGAAGAAGAGAACUUACAUUCUAAAGAACUGCCUCCUUCAGAAAAGAAGAAAUAUUCUGAUUCAAAACAGGGAAAGACAACAGAAGAUGCAGAGAAGGAUUUUGAAAGCCAGGAAAAUGAUCUUCAGGAGACAGAAGAUGAUACAUUUCCAACUGUCCAUAAUGGUGAAGAGGAAGAAAAUGAAAAAGAUAAAGCAGGUUCUGGUGAUGGUAUACAAGAAGUAUCUAAACCUCUGCCUUCAGAAGAAAGCCUAGCUGAGGCUGAUCAUUCGGCUCAUGAAGAGAUGGAAGCUAACACAUCUAUGAAAGAAGCUGAGGAUGAUAACAUAUCGGUUACAAUCCAGGCUGAAGAUGCCAUCACUCUGGAUUUUGAUGGUGAUGACCUCCUAGAAACAGGUAAAAAUGUGAAAAUUACAGAUUCUGAAGCAAGUAAGGCAAAAGAUGGGCAGGAUACCAUUGCACAGAGCCUGGAGAAGGAAAGCAAGGAUUAUGAGAUGACUGAGAACCAUAAAGAUGGUAAGAAGGAAGACUGCGUGAAGGGUGAUCCUGUCAAGAAGGAAGCCAGAGAAGGUUCAAAGAAAGCAGAAUCUGGAGACAAAGAAAAGGACACUUUGAAGAAAGGUCCCUCGUCUACUGGGGCCUCUGGUCAAGCAAAGAGCUCUGCUAAGGAAUCCAAAGAAAGCAAAACAUCAAAGGACGAUAAAGGAAGUGCAAGCAGUGUUAGUGGUAGCAGUGGAAGUUCAACUAGAAACUUAUGGGUUAGUGGACUCUCUUCCAACACGAAAGCUGCUGAUUUGAAAAAUCUCUUUGGCAAAUAUGGAAAGGUCCUUAGUGCAAAAGUGGUCACAAAUGCACGAAGCCCUGGAGCAAAGUGUUACGGCAUUGUAACCAUGUCUUCCAGUACAGAGGUGGCUAGAUGUAUUGCACAUCUCCAUCGCACAGAGCUGCAUGGACAACAAAUUUCUGUUGAGAAAGUGAAAGGUGAUCCUUCCAAGAAAGAGCUGAAGAAAGAAAUUGAUGAGAAAUCUGGUUCUGGUAGAAACAUGGGGGAUAAGAAGACUGCAUCAAUUGAUAAAACUAGCAAAACUCAGUCAGCCAAAAAAGAAGAAAAGAAAUCUGACAAAUCGGAGAAAAAAGAAAGUAAAGAAGCUAAGAAAACUGAAGGUAAAGAUGAGAAGAGUGAUAAUGGAUCAAGUGGCCCUAAUCAAGAAUCCACUAAAAAAACUGAAGAAAAGAAGCGAAUAAGUGGAAAAAGUCCAGGUCAGAUGGUAGUUCUAGACCAAACGAAAGGAGAUCAGGGUCACACUAGGACAGUGAGAAGGGGAAGGUUUGAUAAACCACUGGUGCUAAGGAACAAAGAGCGUUUCAUUCAAGAUAAAAUGAAGUUCAGGGAGUACAGAGGUAGAAAGGAUAUCUUGCCUUUUGAGAAAAUGAAGGAACAAAGAAUGCGGGAGCACAUGGUUCGAUUGGAACGAAUACGUCGAGCAGUUGAGCUCCGAAGACGAAGAGAACUUGCUGAGAGAGAGCGUCGUGAGAGAGAACGCAUUCGUAUCAUACGUGAACGUGAGGAACGUGAGCGCUUGCAGAGGGAAAGAGAACGAUUGGAGAUUGAACGUCAAAAACUAGAGAGGGAAAGAAUGGAACGAGAGCGUUUGGAAAGAGAACGGAUUCGUAUUGAACAGGAGCGUCGCAAAGAAGCAGAGCGUAUUGCUCGUGAAAGGGAGGAGCUUCGUCGACAGCAGCAGCAGCUUCGUUAUGAACAGGAGAAAAGGAACUCUUUGAAACGUCCACGUGAUGUAGAUCACAGGCGAGAUGAUCCCUACUGGAAUGAGAAUAAAAAGAUGUCCUUGGAUACAGAUGCACGCUUUAGUCAUGGUUCUGAUUACAGUCGCCAGCAGAAUAGGUUUAAUGACUUUGACCACAGAGAGAGGGGGCGAUACCCAGAGGGUUCGUCAGUGCCAUCAUCCUCUUUUGAAAGGCGAGAACGCUUUGUAAAUCAAAGUGAAGGAAAAAAGACGCGCCCAACAGCGCGAAGAGAGGAGCCUGGGUUUGAGAGGUACCCUAAGAAUUUCAGUGAGUCCAGAAGAAAUGAACCCCCACAACCAAGAAACGAACUUCGAGAUACUGACAGACGAGAAGUGCGAGGAGACAGAGAUGAGAGAAGAACAGUGAUAAUUCAUGAUAGGCCAGAAAUAUCACAUGGUCGUCAUCCAAGAGAGACUGGUUCAAAUCCACCUAGACAAACUAACUGGAAGAACGAGGGAGGCAUAAGCACAGACAAACGGGAUGCCAGAGGAGAGAGACCAGAGAGAUCAGGAAGAGAGGUGUCUGGACAUGUGAGAAGUGCUGCUCCCGGUAGCCGUAGCAGCACUUCUGGUUAUGGAAGCAGGGAGGGAGAACGGGGAGUCAUAGGAGAAAGAGGAAGCGGAGGACAACAUUAUAAUGAAGAUAGACAUGUUGUUGAACGCCAUAGUCGUGAAACUGGACCAAGAAAAGAAUGGCAUGGACCUAGUUCUCAAGGAAGUGGGUACCAUGAUGCAAGGAGAAUGGGAGAUGGCCGUGGAGGAGGUGGCAUGAUGUCUCCACAUACAAGUAACUCUUCACCAAUUAAUAGAGUUGUACAGAUCACAGGCAGUUCCAUGCAGAGGGGAAGUGGCUCAGGAUUUAAGCCGUUUAAGAGUGGACCUCCACGAAGAUUCUAGGAUCCACAGCUGCUCGGUUUCAAGAUAACUUAUUGAAAUCUCUUCUAAACUUUACCUGAUUAGAUACAAACAGGAAGUCUUGUCCGGAAAUCCUGUUUGGUUUUUUUUUAAUUUUAACAUGAUUACUUUUUUCCUCUCAAUUUUGGAGGCAUUUUUAAUAGUUGCGUUGUAAUUUUGGAUAGUUUUUGUGUAUCUUUGAUAAGCAUUUUCCCUGCGGCACUAGAGCUCUGCAAAACAAAUUGGAACCAAAAUAUUUGUUACACUGUAUAAAUAUAAAGGAAUAGUUUGCAGCUGUGUGCUAGUAGUUUAAUUUACCAGCAUUAGCACUGUAGUGUCACGCUUUAAAGUUAGCUACUUAGAACAGAACAUACACAACAGUAUCCUACAUUUUGAAGGUUGUUCAGGCUAUAAAACCUGCUUUCUAAUUUGUAGAGAAUAAGGUUGUUUUCUUGCAUUUCUGGGUAUUAUGUAACCUAUUUUUGCAUAAGGUACUGUUACAUUGAGUGCAUCUGUGUAUUCUUGCAAAUGUAUUCUUUUGAAAUAAACCUUCAUAUUCUGUAUAGUUCCUAGUAAGCUUCUGGAACUUUCAGUCUGUUGGGGCAAAAAAGAAUAAAACUGACACAUUUUGAACACAA